AUCACCAACCACAAAGACAGAGUGACAAAUAGAGAGAGAGAGAUCAGAGAAAAGAGAGAAGUAGAGAGAGAGAGAAAUGGCGUCUAAGCUCUGCGACUCAUGCAAAUCGGCAACGGCGGCGUUGUACUGCCGUCCAGACGCGGCGUUUCUAUGCCUCAGCUGCGACUCGAAGGUCCACGCGGCGAACAAGCUCGCGUCGAGACACGCGCGCGUGUGGAUGUGCGAAGUGUGCGAGCAGGCGCCAGCUCACGUCACGUGCAAGGCCGACGCGGCUGCUCUCUGCGUCACGUGCGACCGAGACAUCCACUCCGCCAACCCCCUGGCUCGCCGCCACGAGCGCGUCCCCGUCACGCCUUUCUACGACUCCGUCUCCGACUCCGACGGCUCCGCCAAGCACGCCGCCGUGAAUUUUCUCGACGACUGCUACUUCUCCGAUCUAGACGGGAACGCCAGCCGCGAGGAGGAGGACGAGGCCGCCUCGUGGCUGCUUCCGAAUCCGAAGACGACGACGGCGGUGGCUACGGCGGCUGAGGCGGUGCCGGGAGAUAGCCCGGAGAUGAACACGGGUCAGCAGUACCUGUUCCCGGAUCUGGAUCUAGAUUACGGGACGGUUGAUCCGAAGGUGGAGACGCAGGAGCAGAACAGCUCCGGCACCGACGGCGUGGUUCCGGUGGAGAAUCGAACGGUUAAGGUCGCGACGGUGAACGAGAACUGCUACGAGCUUGACUUCACCGGAGGAUCCAAAGGCUUCACUUACGGUUACAACUCAAUCAGCCACAGCCAGGUGUCGUCAUCCUCAUUGGAAGUGGGAGUGGUGCCAGAUGGUGGCUCAGUAGCUGACGUUUCAUACCCUUACGGUGGUGCUGCAACCAGUGUAACCGAUCCGGGAACUCAGAGGGCAGUGCCGCUAACGGCAGCGGAGAGAGAGGCGAGAGUAAUGAGGUACAGAGAGAAGAGGAAGAACAGGAAGUUCGAGAAGACAAUAAGGUAUGCUUCGAGGAAAGCGUACGCGGAGAUGAGACCGAGGAUCAAGGGAAGGUUUGCGAAGCGGACGGAUACGAAUGAUAGCAACGACGUGGUUGUUGGUCAUGGCGGUAUCUUUAGCGGGUUUGGUCUUGUGCCUACAUUUUAGAGAUUGCUGAGAGAGAGAGAGAGAGAGAGAUACUCUUUUAAGAUGUGGGUUUUGUUUGGUGUCGUUUUAGUAAUAAUGUUUUAACAAACUUUUUUCUUUUAAGAGUUGUUUUGUUUAUGUUGAUGUUGGUAUGGUGGAGGGAGGGAGGGAGUAGAAGAGAAUGGGUGGUAUGGUGUUAUAUGUAACUUAUGUCUUGUAUAUAUGAUAAUGUGAUUUUGAACAUGUUUUUUUCGUC